CUUUCCCCGGCUCCUCCUUUCCUCUGCCGGGCUUCUCGCUCCAAUCGAGAGAUCUCUUCCCAAAACUUUCCGUGCCAGCAGGGCUUCCUGAAGCUUCUGUAUUCUUCUGUGUGUAGCUCAAGGGGGCGACAGCAGAAACCAAAUGGAGGACGUGUGAAAUAUGUACAAAUAAAAACAUGGUAGUGGUGACCGAGCAGGCGGACGGACCCCUCCUCACUCCGUUACUGUCCCCGCAGGAGCAACUCGUGAACAGGGACUCCCGAGGGACGAGGCCCGCGUCUGAGGGGUCUGAGAAUGGAGGGGAGAAGAGACAGGGGAGGAGAGGAGGGUCACCUGCAGGCCUCCAGCUGUGUCUGGACCCAGAGUCAGAGCCUCCAGAGAGCAGGAGGAAACCAGCAGGCAUGAGAUUAAAACCUGUGGAGCAGCUUUCACCGGUGCAGAGUCCCAGCGACUAUGAGACCAAGUCUGACAGGAAGAAAGGCCAGUCCAGCCACAUAUCUAAGACAAACACACACUAUCACAAGUUAUUUAAGGAGGUCAGCAAAGACGAGACCCUCAAACAGAGCUACACGUGCGCCCUGCAGAGAGACAUUUUAUAUCAGGGCAAAAUGUUCCUCUCUGAUAACUGGAUCUGUUUCCACUCCAAAGUCUUCGGCAGAGACACCAAGAUUUCCAUCCCUGUGGUGUCGGUGACGUUCAUCAAAAAGACUAAAACGGCUCUGUUGGUGCCGAACGCCCUCGUGAUCGAAACGACGAGUUAUCAGCACGUGUUUGUGUCUUUCCUGUCUCGAAACACCACCUACAAACUUCUGAGGACCAUCUGCAUCCACCUGGAGGUGGAGAAGACGUGCAGCAGCCCCACUAAUUCCUCGUGCGAGAACAGCUUCAGGGUGGAUUGUCCGUCGACGCUUCCUCUGGACUUCUCUGACCUGGACGGGGUCGUUCAGCAGAGACGGCAGGAGAUGAUGGAGAGCAGCAGCUCCGGCUCGCAGACUCCAGACUACGACAAGAUCACAGACUUUCCCGACACAUUUCUGAGCGCAGUGAAGAGCGGAGAGGUUUCGGUCCACGCAGACAUCCACCUCCAGGCCCCCAGCCAAAUCCACGGAGCGGCCCUGAAUAACGCGUCGCCUAAAGCACCGCUCAAAGAGAGACCCUCCCAGCACAUGUCGUUACACACAAUCCUGCUCAUCUAUCUGUUUCUAGUCGGCGUCCUCGUCCUGUCCUCGUGUUACAUGGCUUUCAAGAUCGUGGCUCUGGAGCAACGUUUGAACUCGCUGGUGUCCAUGGGGGAACACGUUCACAACGAAAACUCGGUGAGCCAGAGGUCGCAGAGCGAGAUGAACGCUGAGAUCUACGGCGAGCUGUCAAACAACUUGUUCAAGCUAGAAAAGAUUCAAAGAAACCUCCAGAAGCUACUUGAAGAGACUUGUGUGACGUGUGUGAACAGACACCAUGGCCACGCAGGAGCCGUCCCCGCCGUCCUCCAUGGAGAGCAACAAGCCCGGCUUCCCCAAGAAGAUCCUGGGCAACAAGCUGGAGGACAAACACCUGUGCAACUGCUGCCACAACAUCCUGAGGCGACCGUUUCAAGCCCAGUGUGGACAUCGCUUCUGCUCCUACUGCUUCAACAGGACUGUCAGUAUAUGUUUAUGUUUCACUGUCGGGGGGGUCUGAUGUUUGCACGUUCUGGUUUCUGCAGUAAUGGACCCCAGAAAUGCAGCGCCUGCAUUAAAGAGGAUAUUUUCGAGGACCCGACGUCGAUUUUGAAACAAGGAUGUGCUUUUCCUGACAAUGCCGUGCGGAGGGAAGUGGAACACCUUUCAGCCGUUUGUAUCAACGAGACUUGCACUUGGAAAGGCAGCAUUAAGGACUACGAGAUGAAUCACGAGGGAAAGUGUGAGUUCAUGAUCAUCCCCUGCCCGUCCUGCAAAGAACGGAUCCGCUUCAAUGAACAGGAGCGCCACAACGAGCGAGAGUGCCCGGAGAGAACGCUCAACUGCAAGUAUUGCAAGGAGCCGUUUCACUUCAAGAACAUCAAGGCACAUGAUGAGAUCUGUCCCAAGUACCCGAUGAUCUGUGAGGGCUGCGCCAAGAAGAAAAUACCCAGAGAAAAGUACGUGGACCACAUCAAGUUCUGCAGCAAGUUCAGGACGCCGUGUCGAUUUCACGUCGUGGGAUGUGACAUGUCUGUGGAAAAAGAAAAGAUUCAUGACCACGAGCGCGCCUUCGCCUACGAGCACCUCAACCUGCUGCUGCACUACAUCAUGGGCAUGAAGGUGAGCAUGGAGGGCCUGCAGCCCCAGGGACUGGAGGUCGCCGGACACAAACUGGUGGAGCUCCAACAGUCCCUCAGGGAGCUGGAGGCCAGAGUCUCCCAGCUCAGCACCACCUCCUCUGGGCCUCCCGUGCAGGGAGCCGCCGCCGCCGCCUCCUCUUCAUCCUCCAGCAGCUCCGGCCCCCCCGGUCCUCCCGCUUCAGCUCCCCUUCCUCCACCUCCCACCCUGGCUCCCACCCUCUCCGUGUCCACCUCCUUCACGCCCCUGCCCAGCUCGGUGGGCGCGGCCCUGGAGCUCCAGCUCCACAGCGAGAAGACCAAAGUGGUGGAGCUGGGCCGGAGGUGCACGGAGCUCGAAGUGAAAUCAGGCACGUUUGAGAAUGUGGUGUGUGUCCUGAACAGAGAGGUGGAGAGGUUCGCCACCACCAUGGAGGCCAGCAACCGUCAGCACAAACUGGACCAGGACAAGAUCGAGGCUCUGACCAACAAGGUGCGACAGCUGGAGAGGACGGUGGGGCUGAAGGACCUCACGGUGGCUGAGAUGGAGGGCCGGCUGAGGGAGAUGUCCGCCACAACCUUCGAUGGCGUCUUCGUCUGGAGGAUCUCUGAUUUCGCCAAGAAGAGGCAGGACGCCGUCGCGGGUCGAGCUCCGGCCAUGUUUUCACCAGCCUUCUACACCAGUAAGUACGGCUAUAAGAUGUGUCUGCGGAUCUACCUGAACGGAGAUGGGACGGGGCGUGGCAGCCACCUGUCCUUAUUCUUUGUGGUGAUGAGGGGACUGAGUGACGCGCUGCUCAAAUGGCCUUUUAACCAGAAGGUGACCCUGAUGCUGCUCGACCAGAGCAACCGGGAGCACAUCAUCGACGCCUUCAGACCCGACGUCACCUCCUCGUCCUUCCAGCGACCCGUGAGCGAGAUGAACAUCGCCAGCGGCUGCCCGCUCUUCUGCCCGCUCUCCAAGCUCGACGCCAAGAACUCUUACAUCCGCGACGACACCAUCUUCAUCAAGGCCAUCGUGGACCUCACCGGCCUCUAGGGGGCUCCACUGAGUCGGUCUAGUUUGCGCAACAUGGGCAGCUCUUUGACCAUUUACGGCUUCAUUUAAGGCUCGAUCGUGGUCCCUUUAGGGGUUCUGUCUUAAUGCCCCCCCCCCCCCCUCACCCUCCCCCCACUGCUGUAGGGAGGCAGACAUGCUUGUGGACUGCGUGUGGCUGCAGUCCAGACGGCGCCCGGCAUUGUCAUACCCGGUGGGUUUUCUACGCGAGAACCACCGUCCACUGCUGUACAUUUCAGGUGCAAAAACCUUUUCUUUUUUCUUUUGACAUCACGGUGAUCAAAGGUCACCUCACAUGAGUUUUCAGUUGAAAGAAAAAGGGGACGCACCGGUGCAGCGUGGUCAGCGCAGGGGAAUGAGCAGAGGCGAGAAAUGCCGAGAGUUGAACAGGAGUUGAAAAAGAGUCUUUUAUUUUGAAAAUCUCCUACGUUUGACGACUUGGUUUUGAAACAGGAAGCGCGUCCUGUUUCCUGGAGUGAUGGUAGUUUUACAGAUAGUCGGUGUGAUCAUUCCUGAGUGGUAGACUUAAACUUAGACUUAGAGCAUGGCUUUUUGCUUUUUUUCUUGCAGAUUGUGGAUAUUGUGAGCUUCUCAAUUCCAGUGUCGAGUGAAUUUGCAUAGACAAACGUGGAGUUAUGUUAUGAAUAAGAUUACAGGCAUUUCUUUGCCUUUUUUUUUUUUUUGAUUUGACGCAUAGUGCAUGCCGCUGGCGUUUUUUAAGUAUAAAAAGAAUCGGUCCUUUAUUUUCGACUGAGCUUCACGAGAGUUUCCUUUGUUUGUCGUUAGUGAAUUAGCCAUCCGUGAUGGUGGACAUUGCCUGCAUGUCUUUUGGAGCCAGGCUAUCUUACAAUGUAAAAGUCAAGUGUGUUGCGUGUUUUGUUCCUAUUAGGGGUUCUUCUGAUUGGUGGUUUUGGUACAUCUGUGGAAGAUAACAGUUGGAGUUUACCAAGGAGUCGGGACGAGCCUGAGGCAUUAAAAAACUCUCCGACAAAACACAUACAUAGCGGUGGAGUUUCCCCCCCCCCCCCACACAGGAAGUGCUCACUCGCUCACAUCUCAACACAUAGUGCCGCGCACCACCACAGAUUGAGGUCAACACAGAUUCCACAAAAUGAAGGAAUUGUUCCUUGUUUUCUGUCCAUUCAGUAUAUACAGUGCAUAUGUGUUUCUGCUGCUCUAACAUAGAAUAAUAAUGUGAAUCUAAAAUAUAUAAAUAUAUAUAUAUGUUGGUGAGGUAAAUGUUUGUGGAGGCUGAGUGGCUGAAAUGCUUUGUUGGCGGCCAUUUUUGACAUUGAUGUUCACUGCAGCAACUCUUUUCAGUGGGCUCUCACCUCUUCUUCUCUCCCCCCCCCCCCCCUUGAGGCACUACCACUAAUGUCACCCUCAUUAUGAGCAGGGGGGCGUGUAAUCCUCCACACGUCCACCAGAGGCUGCUGUUGCACUUACUUAGCAUGCAUGCUGAGGUUUUUUUUUCUUCUUUUUAAAAAAAAAAGCUUCACGCUGGCCUGUCUCGACCUGUAUUGAACCCUCUCUGUGCAUGGGAGGCUUCAAUUCAUAUUCACUUAGGAGCUCCACGCCGGUCGACCUCCUACCGUGGGGCGGCGUGCGGAAAAGGCGUUUUAUUUUGUAUUUUGUUUGGAUGAAUAACCAUAGGAUAGUUAUUAUGUUAUACCCGGCGCUGCGUCUGUUCCAACAGAAGUGGUCGCCUAUAUUCAUAGCAAUUUAUAAAUAUGUAUCGUUCAUAUCAUAAUGUUGAAAUAAUCUAUAUAUCAAUGUUAAUAUACAGGAGAUGUUAUAAUAAACAUAGUAUUACUGAAUACCUUAUUAAUUCUAUAUCUAUAUACCAGCUUUUUUCUUUGUCAAGAUGGUUCCAACAGGCCAGGACGCCCCCCCCCCCCCCCCCCCCCCCCCCCCUUCUGUGCAGUACGGACUACUGAUCCCUUCGAUAGUGCAAUACACGAUUAUGUCUGUUUCCAUUUUGAUGACAUCUCGGCUUUAAGGGGUCACUAGAGGUCAUUACUCGACUUGUUUACAUUACUCAUCGCGGCUCUGAAGAACUGCAACCGAUCUCUAACUUCACAAGGAAUAAAAAACGACGGUGCUUUCCUCGUCUUUAAGCGCGCGGGACUUUCCACUGCUAACAUCAGUCAAAAAACAAGCUAACCAUGAAGCUAACCCGCUAAAUCAAAGCUCGAUCCAGACGGCGGGUUUCUAUCCUUUACUUAAACACAUUUUCAAUGAAGAGCGAGCGUGUAGUUGUAGAACUUUAAAAAAAAAAAACCUUUGAGUGUUCUUGUAUCGUGCCAAAUCAAAUAUUACCUCCUUUGUUAUGAUGCUAACUAUGUCGUACCGCGAGAUGUUGUUUGUGUUCUAUGCUAACAAAAUGGUGCCAAAUGGGGUUUUAAAAAAUUGUCGUUUGUGCUGCGUGAAUGUGUGCGUGGUCAUUUGAAGACAAAGCAUUUGUCACUACAGCACAGAGGAGGUGAAACGCUGUCCUCGAGUUACAGACUCUCCCUUGAGGGUUUUUUUUUAUGAAUGUACGCUUGAACUCUGAUUUCCCGCGAUGCAGUCGAACCGGAAACCGACUUUCUUUGUGCACUUUGUAUUCGUCGUUUGUCCAAACAGGGUAUUUUUGUUGAGUGACUUGUGUAUACUUUGAAAUCAGAGCCAUAUAUAUUCUGAUGUUGAUGAUUGAUGUAUAUUAUGCUCUAACGCGGGGACAUGCAGUAUGAAAUAAAAGAAGUUUGAUGGUU